AUGCCCAUGCAGAUUAUCAUAUCUGUACUUCUAUUUGUUAUAGGUAUAACAAUUCUGAUUGUGAUUCAUGUUUGUAUUGUUGGGAGAGCUUUCAGAGGAAACUACAUCAAUGGUCGGAAUUUUGUUCCCAGUCGAAUCAGUCGAGUCCCGGGCUUGUCUUCCGAUGACAUAAAACAGCUGCCGUGUUUCGACUACAAAGUGGAGGAGAAAGGGAAUAGUCCAGUAGAAUGCGUUGUGUGUUUGGAGAAUUUCAAGGCAGGUGAAAAGUGCAGGAUGCUGCCUAUUUGCCAUCACAGUUUUCAUGUUCAAUGCAUAGAUUCUUGGCUUUUGAAAACUGCUGCUUGUCCAAUCUGUAGAACAAGAGCUAAUGCGCCACAAACUGGUGAAGAAACUAGUUAUUCAAGUGAAGUUGGAGUUGAAUUGGGAUAG